AAAAAGCAAGAUAUCUUUGGUUUAACUUUGAAUGAUUCAAUAUGGAAAAAUCAAGAGAAACCUUCUUUACGAUCAAAUAAUUCGAAUGAUUCUAUUAAAAGGAUGGUAUCUCCUGAAAAUGGUUCUCCCGUUAAACUUGAUAACUCUUGUUUUCAAUAUGGAUUUCCUUCAUUAUUUGAAUUGAAUCAAAUUUAUUCUUAUCGUCAAACUUUUGAUUCUUCUAAUCAAAAAGAAAUGAGAGAAAUUAAUCGAGGAUUUUCAUAUUUAGGAAUCAAUCAUAUACAUGAGAAUUCUAUUCUUAAAAAAGAUACGACUGAGAGAUUUCAUGGGAACAACCAAUUUUAUUCAUUAUUUCAUUAUGAUCUCUUGUUUAAUAGGAUCAACAAAAAAGAAAAAAUUUAAUAAUUCUUUGAAGAAUGUAAAUAAUAAUUUGAUGUUGAAUAAAUUUGAGAAUAGAAGAUUGAACGUACAAAACGUACAAAACGUACAAAACGUACAAAACAUACCGAGCAAAGAUGUUUCGACUAAACCUGUUGAUGAUCAAAAUAAGUUUACCAAACUUAGGAAUCUUUCGAUUCCUUUAGAGGAUAAACCUUUGGAUGGAGAUUUACCUAAUGUAUCUAAUAUACCUAAUGUCAGUAAUGUUUCCAUACAUAAUGUAACCUUACUUAAUAUGUCCAUACCUAAGGAAGAAUCCGUUCAUCAUCAUUUUAAUAUUAAUAAUAAUAACGAAAGAUUGUCCGAUUAUAAAUUUAAGUCGAAAUCUUCAACUUUGACUGUGGAAAGAGUUCAAAAAAUUUUAGAAUUUUAUCAUUCAGCUUCUAAGGAUUUUACGAAAAUACAAGAUAAUAAUGAUUAUUCUUCAAAUGAUGAGAGGGAUUCUUUUAAUCACGUUGAUUUUUUUGAUAUUAGUAAUGUUAAAUUAUUAAAAUGUACUCAAUGUGAUAAGGAAUUUUCUGAUAUAAAUUCUAGGGAGAAACAUAUUAAAAAUGAUCAUAAGUUUAUUUACAAGUUAAGCAAUAGAGUUUCAUUCCAUACGAAUAAAGUACAACUUCAUGAUGAAAAAGUUCAUGAUAAUUAUAUUAAGAAGAAACCGAAAAGGAGGACUUCAAGACAAACGAAAAGAAAAAGAAAUCCUGGUACCGUUCGUACUUAUUCCUGUUGUGGACAAAUAUUUAAGACAGGAAGAGAAUUUGGUAUACAUAAAAGUACUCAUAAAUAUAUGAGUAAUAAUAGAAGAAAUGUUAAUAAUACGAAAAUUUAGGAAAAUUUAGCUCUUAAGAUUGUAUAUGGGAAAAUAAUUAUUCUUUAUGAAAAAAUUUAGCUCUUAAGAUUGUAU